AGGAGAGCAGCAUUCUGGCAAGCAGGAUUGCAGAAAACACAGCAUCUUGGCACAGGGGACGCAAACUUCGCCAGUGCCUUCAGCAGUCUGUUAUUAGGGUGUGACGGGCACUGUGCAGGAAAGUACUUGGAUUUUAAAGGACUUUUGCUUUGAAGAUGUGGGUGAGAGAUUAUAAAUUGAUUUAUUUCGCAACACUGGCUUUGAUUCUCAGUGUUUGCGUCUCAGGAGCAAAGAAGGAAAGGACCGGGCACAAAGGUCAAGACCCGAAUGCCAACAAAAAGACACCUUCAGGUGUGGAAGAGGGCAGCUUUGAUGAAGAUGAUCCACACAAAGCCAUGCAACAAGAGAAAGUGUUUCCUUUGGAAGUCCAUACGGAGAAAGACGGAGGACCCGUGUACCCACACACUUCUGCAAGUCCUUUGCAAUUCACAAAUAUGCCCAAUUCCUCAGUUGAAAAUGGAAGCAACGACACCAGUGCACUUCCCAAUGGCAAUCCAACAAAAAGGAGCAUGACAAAAAUCCACAAUCCUUUAUAUCCUAUCAAUGACAGCUCGUAUAGUGCCUACGGGAUUCUGGUUUUGGCUUUUGUGGUGUUUGCCCUUGGCAUUGUGGGUAAUUUGGCGGUAAUGUGCAUUGUGUGGCAAAAUUAUUUCAUGAGAAGUGCAUGGAAUUAUUUUCUUGCCAGUUUUGCGUUCUGGGAUUUCAUGGUGUUGUGCUUUUGUCUGCCUGUGGUGGUCUUUAAUGAACUUACCAAUAAGAGACUUCUGGGGGAUUUUUCCUGCAGAGUUGUGCCUUACAUUGAGGUAACUUCACUUGGCGUGAGCACCUUCAGUCUCUGUGCCCUGGGUAUUGAUCGCUUCCAUGCUGCGACAAGCUCCCUGCCAAAGGCCCGACGGCUCGAGCGCUGUCAGAAAGUCCUGGCCAAGCUUUCUGUGGUGUGGAUCGGUUCAAUGGUGCUCGCAGCACCAGAGUUGCUCCUGUGGCAGCUUAAUUCGGUGACAUCACCAGCUGGAGGGGACCAGGUGGACACCUGCAUCAUGAGCCCAUAUCCAGACCUUCCCGAAUCCAUCUAUUCACUGGUUAUCAACUACCAUGACGCACGCAUGUGGUGGUACUUCGGCUUUUACUUCUGUCUGCCCGUUGUCUUCACCCUCCUCUGUCAACUGGCCACCUGCAACGUGUCCGGUGAGAACGGAAGUUCUCCCAAACUUCCAGAGGACAGAUCUCCAUCCAAAAAACAGAAGCUUCAGCACGCUCUGCAGAUCGAGCGGCACCUCAACUGCACGGUCAUGGCCCUAGCGGUGGUAUAUGGAGUUUGCACACUACCGGAGAACGUUUGCAACCUGACCCUGGCCUACGCUCCCAUCCAGGUAUCCGAGGAGGUGUCUUCUCUGUUGGCCCUCAUAAACCAGUUUUUCUUGUUCUUCAAGUCUUCCGUCACGCCUGUGUUGCUGCUUUGCCUGUGUAAGUCGCUUGGACAGGCCUUCAUGGACUGUUGCUGCUGUUGUUGUGAGGAGUGCCAACCGAGCAACUCCUCAUCCACCCAAAAUCUCACCGAAGGCAAGCUCAAGACCAGCGAAGUGUCCGCCAUAUUUUUUGACAAAGCCAAGGACAGUUCGACCAUCUUGUCUAUUGGGAGUUGAGUGGGUGGAUGUUGCCCCUGUGUGAUGAGGUCAUGAGAUGACAUGGAACACUCUUUAAAAUGAAGGUGCUUCAUAAUGGCAUACCCUCUAAAAAAAGUGGCGGCCGGUGAGUUAUUUUUUCGAGGGCGCACAAUGCGAAGUUCGUCACAACAUGUAUGUAGCCCGUCAUUUGUAUGGUUCGUAAUUUCAAAAUAUGUGUUCUGCGCCUCGAGUGAUCUUAUGUGCAUCACGUGUCUUGUCAAAAUAAGUGCCUGCUGCAGAUGCGUCUAAAGGGUUUAUAAUAAAAAGACGCUUGAGUUUGCCAGAUACUCACAUAAUCUCAUGCAUAAUCAGAGUUUACUGUUAAUGGAGUGUCUUGCGUGUAUUUUGUGAACGUGAGCUUCUCUUAUAUCAUAAACGGUUUUGAUGCGUUUGCAGCAUGCACUUAUUUUGACAAAACACGUGAUGCACAUGGUACACAAGACGCAACAAACACAUAUUUUGAAAACACGAGCAACACACAUGACACUCCGAACACUUAUUUUGAAUUUGCGCCCCUCGGAAGAGCAGUCACGAGCCACCACUGGUUAUUUUUAACGCACUAUUGGGUCAAAAAAGGGACAAGCCCAAUCUGCUGGGUUGUUUUAACCCAAAAUACUGAGGUGUUUUAAAUAUAAAAAUAGUCUGGUUUAUAUUCAACCCAGCUGCUGCUUGUUCCUUUUUGACUCUUUUUUGGUUGUAGAAGUACCAUUUUUGGCUAAAUGGUUCCAUAAAGAACCUUUGACUGAAUGGUUCUUCUUUGAGGAACCAAAAAUGGUUCUUCCAUGGCAUCGCUGUGAAGAACCUUUCAAGCACCUUUAUUUUUAAGAGUGAACCUCAGCUACAACCCAACCAAGCCCAUCUUCACAUUUUUAUUUCCCACUAUUUGUUGGGUUGGAGCAGUUUAGCACUGUUUUACAAAUCUGAGCCCAUUUUAAAUGUGCAUUAUAGUUUAGAUAUGAACUAAAUGGUCAGUUGGAGACCUCAUAAGCAAAAAUUUUGGGAUCUAGACUCCCUAAAUUAUAUUGCAGAAGUGAACCGUAAAGCCGUUUUGUUUCAUAGCAUCUCAGGAUUGCUUAAUGUUCCUAUAAGUAAUCACCAGGGUCUGCAAUGAAGUCAAUGUUUAGUUAAAGUCCUACUGUAAUGUAUAGACAAUUAUACAUUUUAUGCAUAGUUCUGAGUGUUUAAAUAUUUAGAAAAAAUCUCUGUGAGAUGAGAAACGCAGUGAAUACUACCAAAUCACAAGUAACACAUACAGUAUCGUAUUAUUUAGAAAACUUGCAAAACAAAAACUUUGGUAUUGCUGGAAAGUGUUUGCCUGUUACUCAGGUAAAUGUUAUUUAUCACUAAUGUUAAUUAAUGCCACAUUUUUCAUAACCACUGAAAAUUUUUUCGUUUGUAUAUACGCACACAGCUGUUUUAGAUUGUAAAUAAAUCACUUCUGAAAGGAAACAUAGCCUUUCUGGUCACAAACUGUGAGUUUAAGACAACAUUUGGAUGGUUUAUCUCCUCAAGGGGCUUUUGUAACUUUUGCACAUAGCUGCUUUCAAAAGGACAGUCUUUAAAAAACAACUCUAUUCAAUAAAUGCCUUUCAAUAAUU